GAUGAAGUGCAACCAGAUUUAGAUCCUCAGGAUUUGAGGAAUUACUUGAAUGUUGUUAAAACUGAUUCGGAUAAAACAGACGACGAAUCGGAGGAAUUGCCCAAAACUAAUAGGUUUGUGAAGUCGAAGAUCAUUGAAAGGAAUCCACAGUUUGUGGUCACUUUGGAUGGCGUCGACCAUAACAAGUACUCACAGGAGAGUGAAAUGGACGACCCGACACUUCUGGACGAAGACAUGGAGACAGAGUUUGACGAAAGUGCAGACAUGGGUGACAAUGAUUUAGAAAACGAUGUGUUGAGCGCCAACAAAGUGAACGAGAGGUGCCGUUUCUGGCCGUCCUGUAAGAAUGGCGAUUCGUGCCCUUUCAGUCAUCCCUGCCAACCCUGCAAAACUUUUCCAAACUGUCGUUUUGGUGACAAAUGCCUAUACAUACAUCCAGACUGCAAGUUUGACGCCAUGUGCUCACGAAGAGACUGUCCCUUCACUCACGCGAGUAAACGUAAGAUUCCGGCGCCGGCUUAUGCGAGCAACACAUUACCCAUGGGUUCUGUUAAACAAUGCAAAUUUCAGUCCAACUGUAAGAAUAUGAACUGUCCUUACAUUCAUCCCAAGGUGUGUCGAUUUGGUGCGAAAUGUCAUUCCCGGGACUGUCCAUUCAGUCAUCCCGUGACUGAUAUUCCAUACAUCCACCCCCAGUCCAUCACUGCAUUACCACAACCGCAUCAAUUGAAAUGGAAAGCGAGUGAACGACACAUCAGUGACCGACACUUUGCAACCAGUGAUGAGCCCAACAGU